AUGCUCAUCAUCGGAUUAACUGGGUCCAUCGCGACCGGCAAGUCCACGGUAUCAUCGCUGCUCUCAUCAGCGCCUCACUCACUGCCUGUUGUCGACGCAGAUGUGCUGGCCCGAGAAGUUGUCGAGCCCGGCACCAGGGGCUAUCGUGCCAUUGUCAAGCACUUUGGCCCCAUGGCACCCGAUCUGCUUUUCCCAGCAUCAGACACCAUGCCGGAGAAUGGACCUGACGGCAAGGGCCGGCCACUGAACCGGGCUGUCCUGGGACGACUUGUUUUUGGCGACGAGCCCCAGAUGCAGAAGAACAGGGCGGUGCUCUCAAGCAUUGUGCACCCGGCUGUGCGACUGGGCAUGGUCAAGAUGGUAACGGCCUGCUACUUGAAGGGACACUGGGCGGUGGUGCUCGAUGUCCCGCUGCUGUUUGAAAGCAAGCUGGACAAGUUUUGCGGAGUGACAAUGGUGGUUGCCGUUACAGAGCCAGAGACCCAGCUCAGGAGACUCAUGGACAGAAACCCGGAUCUGAGUAGAGAAGACGCAGAGAACAGGGUCAAGAGCCAGAUGGACGUUCGGCUAAAGGCAGAGAGGUGCUUAUCCGCAGGACCAGGCAAAGGAGUGGCACUCUGGAACGACGGAUCAAAGGAAGAACUGAAGACGCAGCUGGAUGAGGAGUUGCGCAAGCUCAAGGCAGCAAAUCCGGAGUGGUGGUCGUGGCUGAUGCUGGGAUGCCCGCCGUUGGCAGUGGCGCUGGCAUCAUGGAGGUUUUGGCAGAACAUACAAGCUGAGAAGAGAUGGAGAGAGGCGCAGGAAAAGGAGCGUAGCGAUUGA